AAUACCUUGUGGUAGAAUCGUAAACCGGUGUAUGGUUUAAAAUUGGACAAAAUUGAUAGCUGACCAACAAUGAUGAAGAAAGACACAAUGAAUGACGAAACAACAAAUCCAUUUGUUCAUCAACUAAAACUUACUACGUUUCAAACAGUUCAAGUAUUUUUAAUGUCACUUACUAUUGCACCAAUCAAAAUGAUAUUCACUAUCAUUUCUUUGGCAUUAACAUGGUUUCUUGCUUUAGUAUUUACCAUUGGCGACCCCAUACAAGAAAACCAAAUGCAUUAUGUUGGUCCUUUUCGGAAAAAACUUUAUCAAAUUUUUCGUUAUGUUGGGAGGAUGGAUUUGUUUUUUAUGGGGCUGCACUGUAUUAAUGUGAAAGGGAAAAGAGCUUCCGCAAAUGAUGCCCCUAUUUUGGUUGCUGUGCCACAUUCGUCAAUGUUGGAUAUAUUUAUUUGGUUUGUAAGUGAUCCCAUGCCUACAGCUGUUUCAAAAUAUGAAAAUUUUGAAACACCAAUAUUUGGAACUUUGUUAAAAGCUAUUCAACCAAUACUUGUAAAACGAGAGGACAGAAAGUCAAGGAAAAACAGCGUUCAGUUUCUUAAACAAAGAAUGGUCAUGCCUAAUAUGUGGCCUCAAAUGAUUGUGUUUCCAGAGGGAACCUGCACAAAUUCCCGAAGUCUGAUCCAGUUUAAAGCAGGUGCUUUUCUUCCAGGUGUUCCAGUUCAACCUGUAGUACUAAGGUAUUUGAAUCAGAUGAAUUCUUUCACUUGGACAGAAUGUGGGCCUGGUGGUUUAACUCUAAUGUGGCUCACGCUUUGUCAGUUUUAUGUCAAAGCUGAAAUAGAGUAUUUACCAGUUUUUGUUCCUAAUAUUUUAGAACAAGCUGAUGCGGAAAUGUAUGCUACCAAUGUCCGUUUGUCUAUUAGCAAUUGUUUGGGUAUACCAUGUUCAGAAUACAGCAUAGAAGACUGGCAAUUAAUGAGAUAUGCAUUACGCUUUAAUUUUCCACCCAAAAACGCAGUUGUUGCUUUUCCUUCAGUAAGCAAAAAAUUUAAACUUAAUUACAUUUCAGUAAAAGAAAGAUUUUCUGAAUAUGCAACUGUAGUAAAAGCUAAAGGACUGAUGUCUGUUGAAAUGUUUGCCCGAUUGCUAAACCUUUCUGUGUCACCAACAGUGCAAUUAUUAUUUAGAAUGUAUGACACUGAAAAUUCUGGCCUUAUUACUUUUAAGCAAUACAUCAUGGGGUUCUAUGGUGUUUCUUUGCCAGCAGUAACUGAAAAUUGGGAUGGAACUAUGAACCUUAUAAAAGAGCGUUGUUUUUUAACUAAAUGUUUGAAUGAUUUUGAAAAAUCGAUAUUUGCCAGACUAACAUUAUGCGAUAACAGAACUGACAAUUACACCAGUAUGUGUAAUCGGCCAGAAUUGGCAAAACUGCUGUAUAUUUUAGAAAGUUCCGAGACAGUGCCUGUAUAACUCUUCUGUUCCUUUAACCUUACUUCAGUGUUUUUCAACCGAUAUUGCCUUGCUGUAAUUCUACUUUAGAUUAUGCAAAUUUGUUUCAACAUACUUCAUUUUAUCUGUUUUACUUUUUUAUGUUAUUUCAUUUAUUAUAAUCAGGAAUGUAAUUGUAUUCAAAAUUCUGUAGUUUUAUUUUAUCUGAGUGUUAGGUUAAGUGGUAAUUUACCACCACAGAAGUCACAGAGAUAUGUUAAAAAAGUGUGCAAAACUUUAAUGAUUGGAUAGGUGUAAUAAUUUAUUAAUUUCAUAUUUUAAAG